CAGAAGGGAAGGCGAGAAAACGCGACCGACAGUACAUUCCAUCUACCGAGUAAAAAGCCGAAGGGGGAUUCCCACGCAACUGCGAAGAAGGGAUAUGAGAAGAGAAAAUGGUUUCUUUAACGCGUAUGAGAACAGCCUCUUGACGGAGUAAAAUUUUAGCCAGCUGUAUGAAUUACGAAAGUUUAGCUUUAUAUUUUUGGAGUUGCGGAGCGAUAUCGCCGGGAUGCUACGCUGGAUACGGCAACAGCUGGGCUUUGCCCCUCCACACCAGAGUGACACAAGAACAGUUUACAUUGCCAACAGGUUUCCCCAGCAGGACCAUUAUGUGCCACAGAGAUUUGCAGACAACAAAAUCAUUUCAUCCAAGUACACCAUCUGGAAUUUUGUCCCGAAGAAUUUAUUCGAGCAGUUCAGAAGAAUAGCCAACUUUUAUUUUCUCAUCAUUUUUCUGGUCCAGCUCAUGGUAGACACGCCUACUUCCCCUGUGACCAGUGGACUUCCUUUAUUCUUCGUCAUUACUAUAACCGCCAUAAAGCAGGGCUAUGAGGAUUGGCUGCGGCACAAAGCAGACAACGAGGUGAAUGGGGCCCCCGUGUUCGUGGUACGGAGCGGGAGCUUGGUGCAGACCAGGUCGAAGAACAUCCGUGUUGGCGAUAUCGUGAGGGUGGCCAAAGACGAGACAUUCCCCGUAGACUUGGUUCUCUUGUCGUCUGACAGGCCGGAGGGGACUUGUCACAUCACCACUGCCAGCCUUGAUGGAGAGACCAAUCUGAAGACUCACCAUUCCGUUCCGGAGACGGCCGUGUGCCGGGACGUGUCCCAGCUGGAGUCUCUGUGUGCCGUGGUGGAGUGCCAGGAGCCCGAGGCAGACCUCUACAGGUUUGUUGGACGGAUGAUGGUGAUGCAGCAAGGGGAAGAGAUUGUAAGACCCUUAGGACCAGAAAAUGUCCUUCUGCGUGGAGCAAGAUUGAAGAACACCAAGGAAAUCUAUGGUGUGGCAGUCUAUACGGGAAUGGAGUCCAAGAUGGCCCUGAACUACAAGUGCAAGUCUCAGAAACGCUCUGCAGUGGAGAAGUCCAUGAACACAUAUCUGCUCAUCUACCUGGGAAUCUUGCUGUUUGAGGCCGUUCUCAGCACCAUCCUGAAGUACGCCUGGCAAGCCGAGGGCAAGUGGGACGAGCCUUUCUACAACCAAAAGACUGAGCAGGAGAGGAACAGCAGCCAAAUUUUGAAGUUUAUUGCCGACUUUCUGGCCUUCAUGGUUCUGUACAACUUCAUCAUCCCCAUUUCGCUGUACGUGACUGUGGAGAUGCAGAAGUUCUUGGGCUCGUUCUUCAUAAGUUGGGACCUGGACCUCUACCACAAGGAGAGUGACCAGAAUGCCGAGGUCAACACCUCAGACCUUAACGAAGAGCUGGGACAGGUGGAGUAUGUGUUCACCGACAAAACGGGCACUCUAACCGAGAACGAGAUGCAGUUCCGCGAGUGCUCCAUCAACGGCGGAAAGUUUGUGGAGGUCAACGGCAAGCUCAUACCAGAAGGAAUGAUGGCCGACUGUCUGGAUGGCCCUGUGCCUCAAUUGGGACAGGAGGAGCAGCUCUUCCUGAAGGCCGUGGCACUUUGUCACACGGUGCAGAUCAGCUACGAUCAGGUGGACGGACGGAAGGACAGUCCCCAGCACGCCAACGGGGCCUCGUCCCACAUGGAGUACUACGCUUCCUCUCCGGACGAGAAGGCUUUAGUGGAAGCUAUGAAAAGGGUGGGUGUUGCCUUUAUGGGAAGCAAUGGUGAAAACAUGGAAAUCCACACUGUAGGAGGAUCAGAGAAGUAUAAACUGCUCCACGUUUUAGAGUUUGAUGCAAACAGAAGAAGAAUGAGUGUGAUUGUAGAAACCCCGUCAGGGGAAAAGGUGUUGUUCACUAAAGGAGCAGAGUCAUCAGUUUUUCCUCACACCAAGAGUGGAGAAAUAGCUAAAACACGAGCCCAUGUCGAUGAGUUUGCAAUGAAAGGCUUACGCACCUUGGUGGUGGCCUGCAGGCGAUUCGGCGAGCAGGAGUACCAGGACGUGGAGAAGAGGCUCCACCGGGCCCGCACUGCCCUGCAGCAGAGGGAGGAGAAGCUGGCUGAGGUCUUCAGCUUCAUUGAGAGGGACCUGGAGCUGCUCGGGGCCACCGGCGUGGAGGACAAGCUGCAGGAAAAAGUUCAGGAGACCAUCGAGGCGCUGCGCCUGGCAGGGAUCAAGAUUUGGGUGCUGACCGGGGACAAGCACGAAACGGCAGUCAGCGUCAGCCUGUCCUGUGGCCACUUCUACCGCACCAUGAACGUUCUGGAGCUGCUGCAGCAGAAGUCGGACAGAGACUGCGCCGAGCAGCUGAGGGGGCUGGCCAGGAGGAUCCACGAGGAUCACGUGGUCCAGCACGGGCUGGUGGUGGAUGGGGCCAGCCUCUCUCUCGCCUUGAGGCAGCAUGAGAAGCUCUUCAUGGAGGUGUGCAGAAACUGCUCGGCCGUGCUGUGCUGUCGCAUGGCGCCGCUGCAGAAGGCCAAGGUGGUGCGACUGAUUAAGACAUCCCCUGAGAAGCCCAUUACAUUAGCAAUCGGGGAUGGAUCUAAUGAUGUCAGUAUGAUCCAAGAAGCUAACGUCGGUAUCGGUAUCAUGGGCAAGGAGGGAAGACAAGCUGUGAGGAACAGCGAUUAUGCAAUUGCAAGGUUCAGAUUCCUGGCCAAAUUACUGCUUGUCCAUGGUCAUGUUUACUACAUCAGAAUAGCAACACUUGUACAGUACUUUUUCUACAAGAACGUGUGUUUUAUAACACCCCAGUUUUUAUACCAGUUCUUCUGUCUGUUCUCACAACAAACGCUGUAUGACAGCGUGUACCUGACGCUGUACAACAUCUGCUUCACCUCUCUGCCUGUGCUGGUGUACAGCCUGUUUGAGCAACUGCUCCAUCCGCACCUGCUGCAGAGCAAACCAGCACUCUACAGAGACAUCAGUAAAAACUCCCUCCUUUCCUUCAGAAGCUUUCUGUACUGGACGCUUUUGGGCUUCUUCCACGCCUUCGUCUUCUUUUUUGGUUCUUACCUUCUGAUGGGAGAGGAGACCUCAGUAUUGGGCAAUGGACAGAUGUCUGGAAACUGGACGUUUGGCACACUGGUUUUCACUGUAAUGGUCAUUACGGUCACGCUGAAGCUGGCCCUGGAGACGCACUUCUGGACCUGGAUGAAUCAUUUUGUCACAUGGGGAUCCGUCGCCUUCUACUUCAUCUUCUCCUUCUUCUACGGAGGAAUCAUCAGGCCCUUCCUCCACACUCAGGACAUGUACAGCGUCUUCGCCAAGCUACUGUCCAGUGGCUCAGCCUGGUUCUCCUUCAUCGUCAUCAUCGUCACCUGUCUGUUCCCUGACAUCAUCAAAAAGGUCUUCUACAGACAGCUCAAGCCCACCAGCACCCAGAAGUCCCAGACGCACUCCGACGCCGUUGCCAUAGGCGACGACCUCAUCGCCCUGCAGCCGCUGUCCAGAGCCAGGAUUCAGCUGGGGAAGAUUAGCUCCUGGACGCCUAUCAGCGCGGCGGCGGGCUGGAUACGGCGCACCCUUUCCCGGGCCUGCGUGAGCGGAUGGGACGGGCGGCAGAGCGAGUGAAGGGCAUGCGUGACCCCGCCCUUUCCCUCGACUGCCUCUGCUGCAGGUGCCACGCCCUGGAGGGGGACGAGCUGGGCGCCUGACCCCGCCCUGACUGGAGGAAACCGGCCACGCCGCUGGGCUUCUCGGAAAAAGAGAGAUUCUGUGCUGUUCUGGAGUCAGGUGCAUAACGUGUGGCAGUAGAGGUCCAUGUGGCACUUUUAUCAUGCGCUUUAUACAGUGCGGACCUGGGUCAGAUAAUUAUUUGAAUACUUCUGUCGAAUUGCCAUAGACCCCAGCAGGAAUUUUGGUGAAAGUUUUGGUUAUUGACGUAUUUCUUUUGAAUCCCUAUGGAUUACCAGCACCUGAAGAAGUAUUUCAGACAUAUGUGACCUAGGUCUGGACCUGCUUGCAGGGACCAGCGAACUUUGGGUCUGAUUGUAAUGCAAUUGUAAUGUAUUGAUUGUGUCUGACCAGAUCUUUUCCUCAUUUACCUUUCUUUACUUGUCUACCAGGGAUUGUUUUGGUGUCUCUGGUCAUCUGAGCCAAUCAGCUUGCUUAUAUUUUCUCCCAUAGACCUUUAGAAGAGUCACGGUUUAAAACAUAAAAUCUACACUGCACAUUGUAUUCUUAAAAUCAAGGCUACUACUGUUUGUCUGUGUCGUUUCAUAGUUCUUAGCUUUAACUGAGAACUGGGCUGAUGCCCUUGUUUAAUGAGAACUGAGACGCCCUUUAAUGAGCUUUGUGAGAGGUUUUCCACUUCGGUGGAUGAAGGAAACGUGGCGCGGCUUUUUGGUGCUUUAAAACCGUCAUGGCUAUCGUCCUUGGCCCUCGGUCAAGUUUUGUGUUUCUUUGCCAUUCGUGGGUCGGGAGGAAGUCAUAACGCUGAGUCACUGCCAAGAAAACAUUGUGAAACCACAGUAAUCCCAUUAACACUCGGUAGUCUAGAAGUGCCUUAGCGUGCUGUAGCCAUUGAGCUGAUAGGCACGUGAAAGAACCGACGUUUUUUGCUGGAUACAACAGGCAUUUAUAAAUCAACCUCGUAAAGCCCAUGUCUUGUAUGUGCUGCACGCUUGGAACAUCGCAAACAUUAUUGCCUUGGCUUAUGUUUGCCCAAUAUCAUUUGUCCCAGAGAAGUGUAACAAUAAAAAAAAGCUUAUCUAUGGAUAUGAAAAUAUAAAAUGGUAGCUUCCUAAAGUGGUGAUGCUGUUGACAGAAAUGCCUUGGUGGCUUUUAAAUGCUACAGUAGUGUUUCACAGCCUAAAUUAGGGACCAUGCUAAGGAGAUGCACAGGAAAGCUGUCUCUGAAAGAGUACAUUUGUACCUUGAACUUUAAGCCUUAUUUAUAAUGAAAAGGCCAAUCACAUAGCCUUUGGUGCUAUAUGUGUUGGUUGGUCAGAAGUUCUUCCUUGCUGUAUUUUAUUUAUUUUUUCAGAGAAAUACUUAGAUUUGGCUAUUUUUCUCCAAGCAGAAUGGUAAUCACAUGAAAUUCUUUCUCCUGAUACAGUCUUGUAUGUUUUCUAUUAAUGUCUCAUCAGUAGCAUCAUUUGUAUGUACUGUGUGUAUAAUUAAUUUGAGUUGAUUGGCUGGGUUUCACCUGGGAAGGUCUUUACACUGUGUAGUCAGUUUAGACAAUGUUACAGACCACAUAAGCAGAUAUAAACUGAGAAGGGCAGUUGAAUUCCCUUUCAAAACGUCAUUAUAUUUUAGCUGUGGGGUCAGCACUUUAUCUUGAGAGUUCUGAAAAUACACCAACUCUCAUACAUUAUAGUAAUUACCAUCACCACCUGAAACAUAUUGUGAAUGUAAUGGGCUUAAAUGUAGUAUAUGUAAAAAUGUAAGAAAUGUAGUUGAGGUUCAGUUUUGAAUAGGUCAUAUUCCCUCUGGUGGUCUAAACUGGUAUUGACAUUUUUCCCUGGUGCCUUACCACUAUCCUUGUGGCUUAUAACAUAUUAAAUAGAAACGUGUGUGUGUGUGUGUGAGAGAAAUACAUUUUAGGUAGAUGUAUUCUGUUUUUAAAGGCAUAAUUUAAUAAAAUCAUGUAUUAGUAUUUUUAUAUUGGCUGUAGUUUAUAUUUGUAUUUCACAGCUGGGACCAAUUGCCUUUAAGGCUGAUAUUUUAAAGAUGUGUGAAUGUCUUAGGUGACAGAUUUCUUUUUUUCUUCUUUUUUUAUGACAGAAGAUAAGGGUGCAUUUCAUAUUACCAGUAGCGGAAUGACACAGACACAGAUUAACCAUCCUGUACUAACAACCAGCAAUGCUCAACUCAUUAAAUCAUCCUCACACACAGGCCUCAAUUCAGACCCCUUUCUGUUUGUUUUUCAAUAGGCUAUCUCAUUUCAGCAAGUAGUCAGAUUUAUUUUGUUCUUACAAUACUAUGUGUUUGCAGACUGUUGGAAAGAACUCAAAAACUUCCUUGAAGUUAUAUGUGCUAUUUGUAAUGUUCACCUCCAGGCCUUCAUAUGCUCCAAUCCUCUUAUAUACUGAAGGGUUUCAAUAGCCUCAGACCUGUUCUGCCUGAAAGACUGGCUCAUCCUGGUACCCUUUUGCUGUAGAGGCCAUUCAUUGCCUGUGUGCAUUUGGGCACUCACGUAACCUGCUUGUGUCUCUUGACUGUUGUCUUUUGGGCUUGAAACCCCCUUCAGCCAGUUGCUGAGAUUGUGAUGCCCUUUGCUGGCACAUGCCAAAGCUAUUCCUCACCUUUGUUAUAGCUGAAUGGAAGUUUUUUUUGCAGGAGCGUUUUCAUAUAAAGGCCCUCAGUCUAGGAGAGAUGCGUUGCGUUGCAUUUAUUGCGUUGGGACCAAGUCACUGUAAUGAGCCUCAUUUCAUAACGACUGUUAAGGAUUUUUAGCUUUUAACAUGAAAACCACUGCCAGCCACACCCAAUGCUGCCAGAUACUAAAGAUUUAGGUUCCCACAGUGCAGGAGAUUUCAACGCUCGUAUUGUGGGAUAUGUGGUAGUUUAAUGUUAUAUACCUCUGAUAUUUAAGUGUGAAGUCACUUAACGAUGCUGCUCAAUCAGUAACAUGAUUCCAGUCACACUUCUGUGUGCUUUAUGUACCAAAAUUUUCAUAAAGCUUUUGUGGUUUGAUUUUUUUUCACAUGAAUAUAGCAUAUCAAUCGAAUCUAUAAAUUGUUAGACAACCUGUGUUUAAGGAUGUUAAGAUUGUAAGUGUAUGGCUUAAGUGCUAGAUAUAUUAGCAAUAAGUCAACCAGGACAGGUUUUUGACAUAAUGCUCUGCUUUUUAUUUCCCGUUCCAUUCAUGAGAACAGCUGUAUUUAUGGAAUGAACUUGAAUAAAAUGUUACUUUGUGGAAACUCACAACUAAA